GUCCCCUAAAUGGCGCUGUCGAGCAGUAAGAGCGCGAAAACAGAGUUCCCAUUCAUUCUGAUAACGCCGGGUCUUGAUGCUCUUUUGCUGAAUCGAGUUUCAUGUUGCAGACGAUACUAAACCACGUGCUUAAGCCAGUCGCAGUUUACCGAGACGUCGUCAGCUCCUUGCAGAAAGCUGUGAUAUGUAAGGAACUAUUAAACCCAGCUGCUUGCCAGCCACCAGCCAGAUCUAGUGUGUGUAAGAGAGAGAGAGAAAAGAGAGAGAAAGAGAGAGCGCGAGCGCGCGCGUUGCCACCUGUGGCUGAAUUUCACCCUUAAACCCUCACGAGUCUUUUCUUAGUAAACAACCCGAGGAUGUGGCGAGUGUUAGUGAGCGGAGUUGUGCUCUUUCCCGGCUUGUUUAUAGUCUUUAGGAAAACGCUGCCGGUCAUUUUCAGACGCUGGAGCGAUGCCGACGUGGUGUUGGUCAGCGAGAGGCUGGUCUCCUCUGUUCACGCCAUCAUGGCCACCGUGGCUGGAAUCAUUGUGGUGUCGUCAUGCCGAGAAAACGUGAUAACAAACAGGCACUGGCUGGCCACCUCAUUUGUCCUUGGUUAUGGAGUACCCUACAUGGCAUAUGACGUCUUUGCCAUGUAUCUGAGCCAUUACUACCGUUUCCGGGUCAGUGGUCAUGAGGAUUACCGAAGACACUCACUGAGGACGAUCAGCUUGUUUGUGACGAAAGAGUCCCUGCUGGUCCUUCAUCACAUUGCACUCCUCACCAUUCUCCUGCCUAUUACACUGUUCUUCAGGAAGGACCAAGGUGAUUUCUUCAUUGGCUGCCUCUUCCUUACAGAAAUCAGCACACCUUUUGUUUCACUGGGCAAAAUCCUGAUUCAGGUGGGUCUGCAAGACUGCUGGCUGCACAAAAUGAACGGCUGCAUGGUGCUGCUGAGCUUCUUCGUGUGCCGCAUCGCGCUCUUCCCCUACAUGUACUGGGUUUACGGCGCGCACUACAGCCUCCCGUUCUAUGCCGUGCCCCUGCACCUCCCGCUCUAUGCCAACUUGGGUAACAUGUGCAUCCUUGGGCCCCAACUCUACUGGUUCAUCUUGCUCUGCCGAAAAGGCUACCGUCUUUACAAGCGCCGACACAGCACCAAUCACCAGGACCAGACUUCAUCACUCCAUACCAAGGCUGAAUAGAAUAAGGAGAACUGAUAUUGGCACAGCGAGAAGCAAGCGCUCAGAUACUCCAGUACAGAUUAGCAUCAACUACAACUACUUCUGCUGUUAGUUAUUCUGUGAAGGGUCUACUAGUAUUUCUCUGCACACACACACACACACACACACACACACACACACACACACGGCUGUUACAAUCUCAGGGUGCUGCAAUUAAUUGGAGUACACACUUAAAGUGAACUGGUCCUCUCUGCUGCAGGAGGAUGCGCUUGGUAAUACUGGUCAUACUGGUCAUACUGGUGCUCUGCCUCACGGUAUUACUUUAAGAUGUAUGGCAGGGAGGGAGACACGAGUGAAAAGAUCUCAGGCUGUAUUGUGUGCCGUACUCCUUCCAUUCUGCAGACUGAGAAGACUGUUCACUAUUUGGAUUGAAGUUACUACUUUUUUUUCCCACUUCUCAUAGAUGUUUUCAGAUUCUACUGUAUGAAUGAUGUAUAAACUAGGAAUAACCUCUACUUUAACAUUUAUCAUUUUGUACCAGUUCCAAUAACCUUUUAAACAUGACAUCUUUAGGCAUAAUAUGCAUUUCCUGUUGCUUGGCCUUAACUGUUCCAGGAUUGUUUUUUUUUUUUUGUUGACUGACUAUAUUUCUGUGUUUCACUAUAUGACUCCCUUUUAUGUGGAAUUGGAAGUCUGGAGGAAACAUUUCCUCUAGUCUAGAAGGAGGCAGCAGUGUUUCUGCUCUCACACUUGCCAGUAAGUGUUAUAAAGAGGAAAGCCUCGGUACGUGAUUGUAUGCUAUUUUCUCGAAAUGGGUCCCAUUAUUUUAACAAAUCCUAUUUAAAAUACUUCUCAGCAGUCAAGAAACACAUUAUAAGCUAAACCCGGGUUUCACCUUCCACAGGGCAGAGUAUUUAACCUCAGGACAGUGUUUGUGCAGAAACCAGCCAUUACACAACAGAAAGACAUUUAAACAGGGUAGUGACCAGCUCCUCAUACAUUCAAUGUUUUUUUUUGUUUUUUUUUUUAAAUAUACAAAUUUGUUUUAGUAGUAGCAAGAAAGCUUCCAAGAGCAUUCUGCAUUUCAAAAAAGAUUUUAUUACUGUAAUUUCAAUAUUGCUUAUCUACCUUAAAUCGCAUGCUUUUUUUUUAAACAUACAAAGGUACACAUCAUAUAUUCCUAAUACAGACGACUCAAACGUGACAUAAGGUUUGUUUUAAUCCUGCAUUUUCUGCCUGUUAGAUGAGAAAUAUCUUUGCGUCCGUCGAUUCCCUGGUCCCUUCUCAUCAACUCUGUCUGUGUAGAGUUCAGGCUUCCGUCAUCUAUACGUUUUCAUUUCUCUGGCUUAAUUUCUCAAGAGUAUAUACAAAGAGUUACACAAAAAUCCACGCAAUUUUCCAAACUCUUACUCUAAAUGGAACGGAUCGGUUGAGACCUGUUUGUUUGAUCAGGCUUUACUUCUUUAGUUGUGCACUGGAGCUGUAACACAUCACUGGUUAGCUACGUUACAGCGCAGCUCAUAGAUGUUCACAUCAGACACGAAACAUGACUCGGUUCAUCGGCUAAUUGUCCAUUGGGUUGUGUACAAUUUUGAGAGAUUUACUCAGAUUAGAGAUUUACUUUGGAAUAUUAACCAAAAACUGUAGCGUUUAUUAAAAUAAAUGAAACACAGUUUUAAGGGACUGACAUUUCUUUAAUUACAAUUUCUAAUUGGAGUCAUUAUAUUCCAAAUGUAUAUACACAUAGUGUGGGAAAUAAUGAUUUAAAGCCUCAAAUGUGUUUAGUUCCUCAUUGCAACUUUAAACAUCACCACACACACACACACACACACAGCCUUUAUUAAUUAUUAAUCCUGUUGAUUUAUUUUACACCAUUAGUAGCAAGUCUUAAGCUUAGUCUCCUACGAGGCUUUGUUUCUCUCAGGAUUUGGUAAAGAUGAUGUUACCUGAUCUCUGUAGAGGUUUACUAAACAUAUGAAAGCUGAAACUGUGAACAUAAGUUGAAAUGGAAAAAUCCUUUUUUUUUUUUUCUUUUUUUUUUUGGUGGUUUGUCUUCCAACGUGGCUUUUGUUGUAAUCUUUGCAGUUGGAGACCAAAGAACGUCAGGCACUUUACUCAACAAUAACUAACAAAUACGACCGGCUACACUAGAUGUCUUUCAGUAGAUCAGUUUAUAGUGCUUUGUCUGUGUUGAUCUCUUGGUGCAGGGUUGGUGGGGGGAAAAAAGAACUGCUUGAAUUGUAUAUCUAGGUCAUUUUCUGCUUCGGUCUAAGUUAACACGUCUAUGCUAGUAUGACCUUCCAUAGUUUAAGCUGGUGCAGGAGUCAGUAUUAAGAUGCUUAGUUUAAUGCAGUUAUAUUUCGAAUAGAUGACAUAUGACCGGGAUAAAGGUAUGAGACAAGAUCCUGUGCCUUUUUGUUUAAUUCAUGUGAGGUUCAUACACAGCACAGCACAGGACAGGUGAUACUCAGUCAUUGUAGCUGUGUCUUCUGUUGUUUUUUUCUUUUUCGCUCGCAAGACAAAUAUACUGUGAUGUUCUGCUGGAGGUAAAGAGGAAAUGAAAUGGAAAGAGGAUUUUAUUAGAUUUUUUUUCUUCAAUUAAGAAAGUUAAUAUAAUUUAAUAUCCCCUUUACGCUAAUAAGCAUUUAUUCUUUUUGGCUGUAUGUAAUGUUCAUGCUUGAUCUGCUCUGCUGUCAGUGGAUUUAUAAGUGAACUCAUAAGCAAUAAACUGAAGGCAUCCUACUGUACUUGAACUACA